AUGGCUUCAAAGAGGUUCGCAUUUCCAGUGCUUGAUGGCGUAAGCCUUACCGGCUCAACAAAGUUAGCAGAAAUCUCACAGGAUGUCCUUUCUCGCCUGGAAAGUGUGUUAUUGUCAAAAAAGAAAGCCAAAGUUUCUCUUAGCCGAAGAGAGGACGGAUUAGCUUGCCUUUAUAAAAUAGGUUCUCAAGUCACACUCCCUUUGACGUUCCUUGGAGCGCCAUGCGACGAUAGUAGGUGCGAGGACGCGACCAAUGAGCUUCAACAGACCAUACUCGUCCAUUCGCCAGGUCUCGCCGGAGCCUUUCGUGUGCAGUUAAGUGAUCUCGCUUCGUGCCGUGGCCAGUUCGUUACCGAUACCCAUACCACAUCGGCCGAAUCGCAGCAGUUAGGUUCUCUAUGCUUGAUGGAGGUUCUGCAGGCCGCAUUGCGACGACCGGGGCCGUGUAAAGGGUCGAACAUGAUGGAGAGAUUGUAUCUCAAGGGAAGGCGUCGUCACUUUUCUGCGCAGGGCACGACCCAUCUCCUCACCCGCGGGGGCCAGAUCAACCCAGGCGCCCUGAGGCUUGACUUUCCCUAUCACACGGGCGGCGCUCACGCACUGAAGUGUUAUAUGGAUAUCACUGAUGAGGCCUGCCGGCACUUUGGCGAGGGGGCGGCGCAUGGGGGGAAGGUGCUCAGCCGGUAUGGUGCGGCGGUGGGGGUGGGGGUUGCGCCCGACGCGGGCCUGGGGGUGGCCUGCCUUUAUUGGCACCCCUACGGCGCCCAGGCGGCCUGUCUCGCGCCCGUCCUCCACGGCUGCCGCCUCCUUCCGGUUGGGAAGGUUAAGCUGGAGCUGAAUGGGCCGACCACCUCCUGUGGGGUCCUCUACAAGGAGGACCUUCGACGCUACAUGAACACUGACGUGGAGGGGGGGUGGGAUACGAGUGUGUGGCUUUGUGAAGGUCUUUUCGGAGUGCGCCCGGGGCAGGCGUGGGGGGACGACGGACUCACUCAGGUGUUGGGCGUCGGUUUUAAUGAGGCCGCGGGGGAAUUUGAGCUGGUAUUGAAGGAAACGGAGUCCGGGGCUGUUCUUUUUGCUGAUGAUUUAGAGUACAAUCACUGA